CCCGGCGUGAUUUACAUUCUUUCCCUGAUCAUCACCUUCCCGUCUAUCUUCGCCAUCGACACCUACCAGUACGAGAGCACCCUGCUGCAGGUCUACUUCUUCUACGACAUGAUCUUUGUAGUACUGCUGCCGAUGGUAGCGAUCAUUGUGGCCUUCUAUCACGGCGCGCUCGCCAAGGUGCAGCUGAAUGGCGGUCCUAAAAUGCGCUACCGUCUGCGCUGCUACUAUGUCAACUUCAUUGUCUUUAACAUCCCCAUGCUGAUCCUCAUGAUGACUAUCUGCGGUCUGCGCUGGACUGACAGCCACCAGAUGGAAAACGAACGGUUCGCCACGGGCGUCAUACUGGCCCUCACGGUCUACCAUACAAACUUUGUCAUUAAAUCCACCGCCUACGCAACUGGCUGCAAUUGCAUCUGCUGCUCUGCGGCCUGUCUCCGACGCUGCCCAAGUAUCAACACCUGCAUUGUUCGCAUGACAACGCCCAAAGUGAGGCCGGAUCAACCAAUAGGACCCUAUGGCAGUGGCACUGUCAUUCAAGUGACAACUCCUGAGGCAGGAUCCUAG